AUGAAGAUUGCUGCACUACUGCUCCUAGCCCUGCUGUUGGUCGUCCAGGCUGACGACGACAACGUGACCGAAUGGAAGCCAAACCAGACAACCGUGACGCUGGCCUUGGACGUGAGUGCACCGGCCAAUCGGUACAGGGCGUUCAUGUCCGAGAUGGAACGCCAGUUGGCCCGGCAGACGACCAGACCCCAUAUCGAGAAACGACCUGUGCUCGGCGUGCAGAAGCCCAACAGGGAGCCAGAUUGUUGGAUCUACGUGACCCUCAAGGGCCACGGAGAAUCCACGCUUGCCCUUAGGGCAGAUAAUGUGUACCUUACAGGAUUCAAGACACAAGGAGGAUCGUGGUACGCGUUCAAGAAAAAAGAUCAUCUGAUCCGUGGGUCGACUGCUCUCAGCUUUGAAGACGACUACAAAUCUCUCACUGGCGGGGGCUACAAAGAGCUGGAAAAUGUUGUCGUCGGCAAGAAAUCGGCCCAGGAGGCACUCGCGAUUCUGGCAAACUACAAGCAAGGUUCCAUCCCCGAGCAAGAGAUCAAGAAGGCAUUGACCAGGUUCAUCCUGAUGCUCUGUGAGGCCGGACGUUUCGCCCCUAUCCGUGCAGCCGUCAUUGCAGCUUGGGAUGAGGAGGGAGGCAAAGUUGACAAAGCCGGCGUUGAGCUCACUGUCAAAUGGAGAACCAUCUCCUGCGCCUUGCUUGUCUGGGACAAGACCCACAAAUGGGGCUCCAUCAAAGAAGCCAAAGAGAUUGAAACAUAUGGGGAUCCAAAGAUGACGAGCCCAAAGGCAGCCGCCGAGAACGUGUACUUCAUCCUUCGACCGACAGACACUUGCUCCGACGAGAAGCCGCCGCGCAUGUGAAC